CUGGCCUCUAUCCCAUGUGCGCAUGCGUUCACCAGCCCGCGGCCUCUGGGAGGACGCCAGAGCUCCACCUGCCGGCCGCGUGCGGGAGCCGUGUGGUCGCACAUCCAGCUCCUUCCCUCAGUUGCUGGCCAGGCUCCCUCAGGGCCAGGACCACAUGGAGAGCGCUGCGGGGUCCGGGGAAGGCGGGGCUGCCCUGCCGUCCUGGAGCACCUUGGUCCUGGAAGGGGGCCGUGAGGAGUCAGAACCACGAGCCCAGGCAGGCGCCUGGGGGGAGGCGGCGGCGCUGCAGGCCCUAGGUGCCCGGGGGAUGGGCGCAGAGGCUGUGCUGGGUGCUGAGGCCCAGCAGGGCAGAGAGCAGGCCGGCCCGGGGGACGAGUUGCUGCUGGUGGUGGAGGAUAUCAUGGCGGUGGUGGAGGUCGUGGCGGUGGAAGACGAGGAGGCGGUGCAAGCACAGCAGGACGAACAGCUGCGGGAGCAGCAGCAGGCGGAGUCAGGGCUGGGUCCCCAGACAGCCAGCACCCCACCCGCCGCGCUGGAGGUGGUUCAGUUGGCGCUCAGCUCUGUGGAUGCCCAGGGUACCAGAGCCUACUUGCGGCUCAAGCGCAGGGUGAAUCAGAGGCGGAGUUCUCACCUGGCUGGAAGAAGGGACAACAUCCAGCACAUCCCUGCCUUCUGGGCCCAGGCCAUAUCCUUCCUCCUGCUGGGCUUGGGUUUGUCUGCGGUGGAGGACCACUGGGAGGAGGGG